AUCAUAACUUUUGACAUUCACGUUAACCUCAAAAUAAAUUGUACCAUGUUCUUUAUUAUUAAAAACGUUCUUGUUCAGUUAAGUUAUGUUUAAAAUAAUGAUAAAAACGCCAGUUAAAGUUAUUUACUCCAAGUUUGCGUGUCGUAGUUUGCAUGGUUCAGUGAGAAAAUGUGAUAAAUUCGAGAACCCCUUUACACGGACUUUCCGGGUUUUAAAAGACGACUUAAGCAGAAAAAAACAACAACUAAUGCAACCGACAACAAGCGGGGUUGCAAAUGUUUUUCCCAGCCAUGCUGAUAUCGUGAUUAUAGGAGGGGGGGCUGUAGGCAGUUCAAUAGCCUAUUGGCUCAAACAAAAAACAAAUGCGGACGCUUUAAAAAUAGUAGUCGUUGAAAGAGACCCCACGUACAAAGAAUGCUCGACGGUGUUGUCUGUGGGUGGAUUGAGACAGCAAUUUUCUCUGCCAGAAAACAUACAACUAUCUCUGUAUGGGGCGGAAUUUUUGCGGACUUUAAAAAAAAGAUUCGGUCCCGAUGCGGAAACGAAUUUUACGCCGCAUGGGUAUCUGGUACUGGCCAGUGAGGAAGGGGCCCAGCAGUUGAUGGACAACCAAAAAUUACAGAAAGAAUUGGGGGCUGUUAAUGUGCUUUUAACUAAGGAAAAACUGAAAGAGAGAUUUCCUUGGAUGAAUGUUGAUAAUGUAGAAUUAGGAUGUUUAGGGUUGGAAAAAGAAGGAUGGUUUGAUCCAUGGUCUUUACUGCAAAUAUUAAAAAAAGGGGCGAAAGAUUUGGGUACAGAGUAUAUCCAUGGUGAUGUAGUUGAUUUUAAUUUUACCGCCAGAUCAGAUAUUAUGGUUGAAGGAACACAACAAGGAAGUUAUGAGGGAAUUAAUGAAUUAAUUGUACAACUUCCAAAUGGCGAGAGAAAACCAAUCAAAUUUGCUUACUGCAUUUUGGCAGCUGGAGGUCAUUCCGGUGAAAUAGCCGAAUUGGCUAAAAUUGGACUUGGACCUGGCAUGCUUUCAGUGCCUUUACCUGUACAAAAUAGAAAAAGAUACGUAUUCAAUUUCAAAUGUCCCGGCAUUCCUCCUGGAAUCAACACACCCCUGACUGUAGAUUAUUCGGGUGCCUACUUUCGCAGAGAGUGCCUUGGUGGUUCGUUCAUAUGCGGCCUGUCUCCGCCUCCAGAAGAAGAACCAAUAGCGGACAACUUGGAGAUGGAUCACAGCUACUUUGACGAAAAAAUUUGGCCGAUUCUGGCCAAUAGAGUGCCUGCAUUUGAGUCUAUCAAAGUGACUGGUGGUUGGAGUGGGUACUAUGAUUAUAAUUGUUUCGAUCAAAAUGGGAUUAUUGGCCCCCAUCCUUAUUAUUUUAAUAUGUAUAUCGCUACAGGGUUCAGCGGACACGGUAUUCAACAAGCCCCUGCAGUGGGCAGAGCAGUCGCGGAACUUAUUUUAGAUGGACGUUUUCAAACAAUAGACUUAUCAAGGUUUAGCUUUGAUAGGUUAAUAGUUGAUAAACCAAUGUUUGAAAUAGGAAUUUACUAAUUUAUAUUAAAUUGUUACAAAAUAAAUAAAUAUUAAUGUUA